AUGGCGGUUUAUGCAAUAAGCAAUAAAUUCCGGUACAGGAGUCGGAAGUCAGAGCCAGGUCUUAUGGUCUUGAAUUGUUGUGGUGACGGUUGUCCUUGGAGAGUGUAUGCGGUCAAACUCAAGGAAGCUGAUGUUUUUGAAAUAAGAAAAGUCGUAUCUGAGCAUUUGUGUUCAGUUGAUGAGCGUGGAGGCUACCAAACCCAAGCGACUUCUUCAGUAAUUGGUGAGCUUAUGAGGAGUAAGUUUGGGGGUCUUGCGGGGGGCCGAAGCCGCGUGUGGCGUUCUAGAGAUGUUGCCAUUGACAAGGUGAAAGGGACUAGCCAAUCCUCAUACAGUCAGCUACCGGACUACCUACAUCGACUCAGGGCCACGAACCCGGGGACAAUAACUGAAUUGUUGACGGAAACAGUUGAGGGUGGUGGUACCCGUUUCAAAUAUAUGUUUGUGGCCUUUGGUGCGUCUAUUGCAGGGUAUGCCUCUAUGAGGAAGGUUAUAGUAGUUGAUGGGAUGCAUUUGAAAGGGAAAUAUGCAGGAUGUUUGCCUACCGCAUCCGCUCAAGAUGGCAACUAUCAGAUAUUCCCGCUGGCUUUCGCAAUGGUCGACAGCGAGAACGACAUGUCGUGGGAGUGGUUUUUCCGGGAGUUGUCAGCUUUUGUGGACGGAAGCGAAGGAUUGGUGUUUGUAUCUGAUAGGUAUGCGUCUAUUUACAAAGCGAUUAGCCAGGUUUUCCCACUCGCAGGCCACUGUAUCUGUGUUGUCCACCUAAAAAGAAACAUUCGGUCGAACUUCAAGACUCGUCACUUGGAAUAUCUCGUCGCAAAGGCUGCUAGGACGUUCAAACUAAAAGAAUUCUAUAGCAUAUUUAAUGAGAUUAAAACAAUCGAUCCAAAAUGUGCUGAGUAUCUGCUUGAGAUAGGUGUGGAGCAUUGGGCCAGGUCGCAUUUUCCAGGUAAUCGUUACAAUACCAUGACAAGCAACCUGGCGGAGUCUUGGAGUUCAGUGUUGCGUGAAGCCACAGAAUAUCCGGUGAUACCGUUGAUUGAGUUCAUACGUGGGAAAUUGACUGCUUGGUUUGCAUCUCGCCGGGAGGCAGCCCAAAAGAAUAAGGGUUCACUUACUCCCAAGGUUUCAGGUAUUGUCACCAAAACUUUUGAGCUUACGGGUGGAUACGUAGUCACUAAUAUAGCUGAGGAUGAGCAUGAGGUCCGCAACAAAAACGGUGCGGGUUUUCAUGUUGACUUGGUUAACAAAACUUGUAGCUGUUGUGAGUUCCAAAUGCUUUCCAUCCCGUGUUCACACGCUAUUGCUUCGGCAAUUAAAGGGAAAUAUAGCGUGGAAACGUUAGUGUUAAUUAUCUGCUUAUACGGUUGA